AUGGCUGCGGCUCUCCCCAGAACUCCAAGACGCCUGUUUCUCAUUUCCAGACUCCAUUCUUUCGCAUAUUCAACUACUCUACCCCUUCAACCAAACUCCGAUUCCCCCUUCUCUUCAUUUCGUGCUGCUAAAUCUGCCAUUUUGUCUCAAUCCGAUCCCGAAAAGCUUGCUCAAUCCUUCAUCCAAGCUUCCAGCUUUCCUUCCUUCCGCCGCUACCGCCCAAUCUACCACCAGUCCAUCCGCAAACUCGCCCGUGCCCAACGCUUCGACCUCAUUGACGACAUAAUUCAAUCCCACCUCAAAUCCCCCUCCGCCACUUCUGAGGGCUUCUGGAUCCGCCUCAUCAUGCUCUACUCUAGCGUUGGCAUGGUCAGUCAAGCUCUCCACAUUCUUGAUCAGGCAAUCCUUCACAAACCCUGCAAUCUGUCGGAGAAAUCGCUCUGUGCUAUUCUCUCUGUUUAUCUCGACAAUUCCAUGCCUGAAAAGGUCCACGAGAUGUUCAGAUCCACUCCGGAGAAGAUUGGUGUUACUCCGACGGUCAUUUCCCACAAUCUGGUAUUGAAGGCUUUUGUUCGGCAAAACGAUCUUCCAUCGGCUCGGAACUGGAUCGAUGAGUUGUACAAGGACGAUGCUAAGGUCAUCCCUAACAUUGACUCCUACACUAUUUUGCUAGGAGCUUACUGGAGCAACGGCGAUAUGGUUGGAUUCGAUGAGAUCAUGAAGGAAAUUUUAAACAGAGGUUUGGAGUUCAAUAUAGCUACUUACAAUUACAGGAUUUCGAGAUUGUGCAAAAACAAGGAGUGUGCUCGGGCCAAGAAAAUACUGGAUGAGAUGAUUUCAAAGGAUGUGAAACCCAAUUCUAGUAGCUAUGAUUCAAUCAUCCAUGGCUACUGCGAUGUCGGGGAUAUCGAAUCCGCUAUGAAAAUUCUGAAGGGUAUGUUGGAAGAUGGCCAUGUUUCUCCUACUUCUCGAAUCUAUUUUCGUUUGAUUCGAAGCAUGGUUAAGGAGGGGGAGUUUGAUUUGGCAUUGGACACAUGUAGACAGAUGUUAAAGAGGAGAUGGGUUCCUCCAUUUGAGACAAUGGAGGCCCUGGUUCGUGGGUUGGUGGCUAUGUCAAAGGUUGAAGAGGCAAAAGAGGUUGUUGAGAAGAUGAAGAAGAGGCUCAAAGGGCCUGCUGUCGAUUCAUGGAGAAAAAUUGAAGCUACUCUUGCUCUGUAG